CCAUAAACCCUACAUAUCCCCCUCUCUCUUACGCUCAACUCAGUCCAGUCGCGAGUCCGAACGUAAACAUGGUGAAGAAGAGCAAAAAGAGCAAGAGCAAGAGGGUGCCGCUGAGGAAGAAAUACAAGAUCAUACGCAAGGUGAAGGAGCACGAGAAGAAGAAAACCAAAGAGGCCAAGAAAUUGGGGAUCAACAAAAGGCCCAAAGUUGAAAAAGAUCCCGGCAUCCCCAACGAUUGGCCUUUCAAGGAGCAGGAGCUCAAGGCUCUUGAGGUCCGCCGCCAACGCGCAAUUGACGACCUCGAGGCAAAGAAAGCCGCUCGAAAGGAGAGGGCUAAGAAGAGAAAAUUGGGGCUUUUGGAGGAUGAAGAAAUCAAAGGGGGAGAGGAGGGGAUGAAUGUGAAUCCCACUAGUGUUACUCGGAAAGCAGAUAAUCUGGAUAGAGCUUUCUACAAGGAGUUAGUGAAAGUCAUAGAGGCUUCUGAUGUCAUAUUGGAGGUUCUUGAUGCUCGUGAUCCUCUUGGUACUCGCUGUGUUGACAUGGAAAAGAUGGUGUUGAGUGCGGGGCCUGAUAAGCAACUUGUUCUCCUCCUUAAUAAAAUAGAUCUUGUUCCUCGGGAGGCUGCAGAGAAGUGGCUCACAUACCUUAGGGAGGAGUUACCGGCAGUUGCCUUUAAGUGCAGCACUCAGAAACAGAAGUCAAAUCUUGGACGGAAAUCAGCUCCAAAGGCUGGUAAGGGUGGAAAGGCUAGCAAUGUUCUGCAAACGAGUGACUGCCUUGGAGCUGAAACCCUUACUAAAUUGCUGAAACACUACUCAAGAAGUCACGAGAUCAAGAAGUCAAUUACUGUUGGAAUUGUAGGACUCCCCAAUGUUGGUAAAAGUAGUAUAAUUAAUAGCUUGAAAAGAUCUCAUGUUGUCGAUGUUGGAGCAACUCCGGGGUUGACAAGAUCUAUGCAAGAAGUUCAUCUUGAUAAAAACAUUAAAUUAUUGGACUGUCCUGGUCUGGUGAUGCUUAAGUCUGCAGCAAAUGAUGCUUCAAUUGCUCUUAGGAAUUGUAAAAGAAUUGAAAAAUUGGAUGAUCCCAUUGGUCCUGUUAAGGAAAUCCUAAAGAUUUGUCCAGAUAAUGUAUUGGUAACUCUUUACAAGAUCCCGAGUUUUGAUUCUGUUGACGACUUCCUUGAGAAGGUUGCUACAGUUCGGGGAAAGCUCAAAAAGGGUGGUGGUGUGGAUGUUGAUGCUACUGCUAGGAUCAUUUUGCACGACUGGAAUGAAGGUAAAAUUCCAUAUUAUACCAUGCCUCCCACGAGGAAUGCAGAUGAGCCUUCCGAGGCAAGGAUUGUCACUGAAAUCAGGAAGGAGUUUAAUGUAGAUGAAGUUUAUGGCAGUGAAACAACCUUUGUUGGCAGUUUGAAAUCCAUGAAUGAUUUCAAUCCAGUUGAAGUUCCUUCAAAUUCCCCUUUGAAUUUUGAUAUGCUGAUGCUCGAGGAUAAAGAGGCGCCCCAGGGCAAUGAUGAAGAUCAACCCAUGGAAUCUGGAGAAGAAGACGAACAAGGUGAUGCAAAGAGGAGAAAAGCAGAUGCGAAAAGGCGGGUGAAGGACAACAAUCAGCCAUCUACAAUGGAACAUGAUGGCAACGCUGAUUAUGACUUCAAGAUUGACUAUGUGAAGGAGCCAGCCAUGGAAACUGGAGAUGAGGUCGAAGCAAAUUAAGUUAACAACAAACUCGACUUACCUUCUAGAGUAUAGAGUUGGACAAGGAAUGACCAAAAAGAGAGCCUAUUCUGCGAGUUUAGAGAUGAGUUAGAGAAAGUGUGAUAAGUUUUGGUAAAUUACUGUAUACCCCCACAUGGAUUUGAUCUUACAUAGAUUUAUUAUUUA